AUGAUAUUUACAGGAUCUCCAGAAAAAGAAGCAAUGAUGGGACAGGUUAAAGAUAUUUAUAAUUUACCUCCAAAAGAAUUUGGGCCAUAAGAUGAGAAUGUAAUUGAAUGUGAAGAUGUAUCAAAAGAGUUUAACCUUAUUGGAAGAGAUGAGAAGAUUUAUGCUCUUAAGGAAAUCAAUUUAAAACAACAUGAUGAAUUUUAUCCUAUAAAAAGGGGAGAAUUUGUCAUUAUUAGAGGUCCCUCUGGUGGUGGAAAAACAACAUUCUUAAAUUAAGUAGGAACAAUUGACACACCUACUAGUGGCACAAUAAGAUUAUUAGGAAGGGAAGUCAAUAAGUUAUCAAAAGACUCAUAUUUAAGCGAACUUAGGUUGACAACUAUUGGUUUUGUAUUCUAGACAUUUAAUUUAAUUGCUACAAUGACAGCUUAUGAAAAUGUAGAGUUGCCCAUGAGAAUUUUGGCUAAAUUAUCGGAGAAAGAAAUUAAAAAAAGAGUCAGAGAAUUGCUGAAAAGUGUUGGACUAUAGGAUAGAAUGGAUCAUUUACCAUCAGAGUUAUCAGGUGGUGAAUAGUAGAGAGUGGCUAUAGCUAGAUCUUUAGCCAAUUCACCCUAAAUUUUAUUAUUGGAUGAGCCUACAGGAGAUUUAGAUUCAAAAUCAACUGUUGAAGUCAUGGAUAUCUUAUUGAAACUCAAUAAUUUUGGAUAUGAUGAAUCUAAUCCCACACCUUGCACUAUGGUUAUGGUUACUCAUAAUCCUGAUCUUGAAUGCUAUGCCCACAGGGUUAUUUAUAUUAAAGAUGGGAAAAUAGAAAAAUAAGCUAUAAAUGAAAGGUAAUCACCAUUAAGAUAUGAAUAAUAUCUACACUAUCUUAACAGUUAGAACUGA